GACAGUCAGAGGGAAAGCUUUCGGAGUGUCGGUCGUGUUAAGUCCAUCUUAUUGGCUUUUCCGUGUAAAUUUUAUCACUUUAAAAAAACAGCACCUCCAAACAAUUCAUAAUUCUCCGGGAAUUUGAAUUGCCACACAACCCUCAACGAGGUACUUUUCUAUCCUUUUGAAAUCCAAAAGUAAACCCCCAAGUGUGUUCUCAUACUCUCGUGUGGAAAGAAAGAAAAAAAAAAGUGCGGAAAACCACCCUCCCGGUUAAAGGGAAAGGUCCCCGUGUGUUGUGGAAACCACCGAGGAAUUGCUGGGUGAGGGAGUGCGAGAAAAAAAUCCGUGUAGGUGGAAAAAGGAGCGAAAGACCCUAGUUGAUAAACGUAAAGUGGAUUAACGUGAAACAACCCCUCGUUGGUAAACACCCUACAAGUGAAUUUGUAUGUGUUUCUCCCCUUGUGUUACCAAAGGUGCAAAAAGCGUUCCCACCUUGCGCGCUUCUGCAACUACCUCAAAACAAAUCGAUCAAAGGUGUAUGAAAGCUGUGUAGACUGAUUGAAUUUUCCGGCACCACCGGAUUUCCAUUGGAUAAUGUUUGUGUCGUUGCAUUGAUUUUUGCCCUUUUCACUACACACACCAUACAUAAAAUACAUAUAGCAUGGAUUAUUUUCUAUGAAACGGGAACUAUGUUUGUACAGUGAAUGAUAUUUUAAAGGAGCAAACACCAACGAGAAGUGGACCAAAGGUUGCAGAGUGCAAAGUAUUUUUACUUUUGGCCAAUUUUUGUUCUGUUUGAGAAUUCCUUUUUUUGAAGCAACUUUUAUUUGGCCAUAUAGCUGUGUGUAGAAUUGUGUAGCAGUGCAAAGGGAUUGAAAGUAUAAAGGAAAAAAAUGUGGAUCUUAGGAUUAUUGCUACUAGCUGUGCAGGUCUGUGCGAAAAUUGCUGAUACUGAAGUAUCCAUUGAAGCUGCUUUCCAAGGCCACUGUGGACAUGGCAGCCCCUGUGAGCAGCUCUGCUACGAAUUGCACGACGGAAUGUACGAGUGUGACUGCACAGAGGGGUUUGAACUGCAGAAAAAUGGCUACAGUUGCCAGGAAAUUAAUUCAACAUAUCCGCCCAAUGAGGACGAGAGCAUCAACAUGGAGGAGGAUGUGCUGUACCAGCGCGGGGCGUCAUUUAGUGCCAAACUUGAUGACUCCAACGCACACAUUUUCGACAAUACCCUAUCCAACAGUAAGCAUGUGAUGUCACGAAUGGGUGAGCAUAGAAUCAAUGCAAUAGCUGGGAGUGAGGAGCAAUUGGACGGCGGUGGCGGUGGGGUGGCCACCGUGUCUAGUGAAUUGAGUGACGACAUAUUCUAUUCAAAAGAGGAUAUGUCCAUCUAUGAUGACGUCAACAAUAAUCGACUAAAUCUACGAAGUAGGGACUCAACACUGUACGACAGAAUGACCCUCGGGGUUGCUUCCUAUGAACUUGCCGCUAUGAAUUCAUCCUACAUCACAAAGGAUAACCUGAGUCUCCCACAAGGGAACAAUGGCACAGAAGCCGCAGCAAAUGUUACAAGGACACCGUGCGUCCUGGAUUGCGGACUCGAUGGCAGAUGCAACAACGACGACGGAACACCGAGGUGUCUCUGUCCAUUUGGCAAGACUGGUCUCAAAUGUGAGGAAGGUAAGCUACCACCCUCUAGAUUCUAUAUCAAUUUAUCAGAAAACUUUCCCCAUCAUCCUCGUCCCUUUCCAAUAUGCACGAGAAGUGGAAAAUAAUUGCAAAUGGCAGGCGAAUGGGCAGACAACACAUUUCACUUGCAUAUGCCGUUCGUAUGAGGAUAUACCCGGGGACAAUAGGAUGGCAAUAUAUGGAAUAUAAUAAAGGCAACUCGCAGGAUAAAUUAUUUUCUACGCCACACAGAGCAUGGUGAACGUUUUGUCUGUCACCAAGUCCCGC